GAUUCUUUACAGAUUUUUGUAGCUGGCUGAUUUGCACUCCCUAUCCUAAAAGCCUAAACCAGCCCUCACCACAAAUCCCGCCAACUCUUCUCUUUACGCCGUUUUUUGCUGCCGGCGCCGGCACCGACACGGACACUGGACCUGAGAUCGAGGUCAUAACGACCAAGUGACAAGCUCAUCUAAUCGUGCGAGUUAUGUACCGGAAUAUUGGAUUAUGAAGAGAUAAGGGGUGAAUGGUGAUUGGCAAGUGGGAGAAUUUCAGAAAAUAACAGAAACCAAGAGAAGCAAUGGCUGCAACCUUUGUUUUAUCAUCAAUUAGUUCGAAUUUAAUCCAUGUUGAUUCCAGAAAAGGGAAUCAAACAUUGCCCAACUUAUUUCUACACGUUAGACAAAGGAUUGUAUAUCGAUCUGCUGCAAAAAGAAAUCAAAUUGAUCGUGUAAAACAGAAGAAAAAUAGAUUUUCUGUGCUUGCAGCAACUGAAGACUCGGCCAAGUCGAGAGAGUCUGAAGAAGCAAUCCCUUCAUGGGCAAGGCCUGACUCGGAGGAGCCUCCUCCUUGGGCUAGGGAUGAAGCCAAGGCUUCGACAUCAGAACAGGGCUUUGAAUUUCCCUUCUAUGUUUAUUUACUCGCUUCGUCUGUGACUGCAAUUGCUGCAGUAGGUUCUAUAUUUGAGUAUGUCAACCAGAGGCCUGUUUUUGGGGUUUUGAGCUCCGACAGCAUCUUCUAUGCUCCAUUGCUCGGAUUCUUUGUCUUUACUGGUGUCCCUACCUCCGCAUUCCUGUGGUACAAAUCCGUCCAAGUUGCUAACAAGGAAGCUGAGGAACAGGAUAGAAGGGAUGGCUAUAUGUAAAGUCAAUCUCAUCUUGACUUGCCCAUCAAGGAUUUUUUGUGUGGAAUAUGGGUUUAAUUUUUCUUUCACUUGUUCAUCCCUCACUAAGGUAUAGUAACAUACACAGUAAGGACGGCAAUCAAUAUGAAACUAAUACUCUCAAGAAUCUCACUAUAAUUCAGGAGACUUUUCGGAUUUGGUAGUUGAUGUCUCCAACAUAUGAUAUAAUAAAUAUCAAUGGAGUAUUUUUUGGAAGACCUGAACCCAUUUGUUUGAAAUAUGGUUGUUGCUCAUCAUCUUCUGAAAGGAGUGUUGCCCAGGAUCUGAGAUUUUCAGGAGAACUAAGCUUUCUGCAAGUUCUGAUGAGAUUUUCAGUACAAAGAUUGGAUUGUCCAAUUGUAUGUUUGCUAAUGAAAGGUCACUUCUUCCGUGAAACCUUAUGCAGUCAUGUAUGUUUUAGUUAAGUGGCAAGCCAAGCAGGAUUUCUUUUGUAGUUAGCAAAAAUCGAAGAUUUGGUAUUCAUCAUAUAUUUUACCAAACGAAUGAAGGUCAAUAAAUUUGACCUCUUUCUCUGAUCAAUUCCUCAAUGCA